AACGCCCUAAUACGAUAUGAUGGAUCACGAUCGGCUUGAGAGGACGGAAGUACGAGAGCAGAAGCAACCAGGGGCGGGUUGAGUGGACUGCAUAGAAACGGAGUACGGUGUCUGCACCAAGGUGCGCGGGGACGAGGAUGAGGAUGAGCGAGCAGCUGCACAUAUUGCUUGUCGCAUGUUGCGUCCUGUCUGACUAUCUCUUCCCUAUGUCAUUUUCUCAGCGGCAUUGCAUCGUCUUGGUAUUUCAGUGGCACUUUACAGCCUAUCUUUUGGAUAGACAUUUUGUUUACGGGCGGACAUGGAAGGGCGUUGGUGGGAUCACUCUUAGUAUAUCGCCUAUAUUUCAUGUCGAAUAUCAACGACGACAUGCUGUUCAAUUUCCCACUCCCGCAGUGAUGAGGGCGACGAUGAUUCAAUAAGCAUCAUCAAGCUGCUGCCCGGCGGUGGGCCUUCGGAUUGAGGAAGGCGAUCUGUGUGGAUUAUUGAUGAUCAGUGGUAA